ACAAGCACGCACUGCACUGCACUGCACCUAAUUUAAUUAUAAAAUAAUUAGCUAGCGUAGCCAUAUUCAUUCAUGUAAUUCCUCACCAUAUAUCUUAUAAAACCAUCUGCAAACCUUAUACCUCCAUGUCUAGAGAGAGAGGGAAGACGUGAAUAACUUCAUUCUUGAUUCUCAAUAAAAUUAAAAUCAAUAUAUGGCAGUGAAGAAGAAGGCGGCGAGGUGGCAGGACUUGAUUCCGGUGUGUUUCAAGGUGAAGGCGGCGGAGAAGAAAGCGGCGGCGAAGCAGCAGUCGUCAAGGAUUUCAUUAUUGGACUUGAGCAGCUCGACGCUUUCGGAGGAGCUCUCCGUGUCGCUGGCGGCGUCAAAUCUCCACGUUUUCACGCUUCAGGAACUCAAGCUCAUCACUCACAACUUCGCGUCCACCAAUUUUCUCGGCCAAGGCGGCUUCGGCCCCGUUCACAAGGGCUUCAUUGAUGACACCCUCCGCCCCGGUUUGAAGGCCCAGCCCGUUGCCGUCAAGCUCUUGGAUUUGGACGGCACACAAGGCCACAGAGAAUGGCUGACAGAAGUAGUUUUUCUUGGUCAAUUAAGACAUGCAAAUUUGGUGAAGCUGAUUGGAUAUUGUUGUGAAGAAGCGCAGAGGCUUCUGGUGUAUGAAUACAUGCCUAGAGGCAGCUUGGAAAAUCAGCUCUUCAGAAAAAUGUGCAUUCCACUUCCAUGGUCAACAAGAAUGAAGAUUGCUCUUGGAGCUGCAAAGGGGCUUGCCUUCCUACACGAAGCCAACAAACCAGUCAUAUACCGCGAUUUUAAGGCGUCCAACAUUUUACUGGACUCGGACUUCACCGCAAAGCUCGCCGACUUGGGGCUCGCCAAAGACGGCCCACAGGGCGACGAGACACACAUCUCCACACGAGUUAUGGGAACUCAAGGCUACACUGCCCCUGAAUACAUCAUGACAGGUCAUUUGACAUCAGCGAGCGACGUAUACAGCUUCGGAGUAGUACUCCUGGAGCUUAUAACGGGGCGAAAAUCGGUAGACAAGAGCCGGCCUAACAGAGAACAGAAUCUGGUGGAGAGGGCGAGGCCUAUGUUGAAGAACCCGCGGAAGCUGAUGAGGGUUAUCGAUCCCAGACUCCAAGGCCAAUACCCUGAAAUGGCGGCCCAGAAGGUGGCUGCCUUGGCUUAUCAGUGCUUGACCUAUCGCCCUAAGCUUAGACCAACCAUGGCUGAAGUUGUCAGAGUUUUGGAGCCCUUGAAAGAUGUUGAUGAUACUCAAUUUGGCACCUUCGUAUUUACAGUGUCCAUGGACUGCAAUCCGGUCAAAAUUUUUCCUAAGGAGAAUACUUAGCAAUAUUGCUUUUCAUAGGAACCACUCUACUACACAUUGUUGAUACAGAUUUCAAAAGAGCUUUGAUUAGUAUAGAUAAUUAGAAAUGAAAAUAUAAUCACACACCCAUUUAAUAGUACUUAAAAUUUAUUUUUUAAUUGGUUCAUCCCAUGGAAUUUUUUUUGUGUUAAUAGGCAAUAAAGCCUUUUCUCGGUUUAGUAUCUACAAAGUCUUCCCUUUUAAAUGUGAAUGUAUAUGUUUAUUUUUGUUCCUUCCAUUAUAAAAAUACAAUUAUAUA